AUGAUUCCCAUUAUCUUUCAAAAGUCACUUACAUGCCUCCUCUCGGUUGCCACGAUGGUUUCCGCGGCUACGCCUCUCCGGAACAUCAUGUACCUCACAGGACAACAUCCCAUUACACCCGAACAACCUCUUAGCUCGCCUAUCACUCAUGUAGCUAUGGCAUUCAUGAGCCCUAGCCUAUUCAAUCAUCCCGCUGGCAGCUCUACAUGGCCUCUGUUCAUGACCGUUAGUGAAGCUCGCUCUAAAUUCAACCCCGGAACCAAAGUGUUAGUAGCCAUCGGUGGCUGGGGUGACUCGGCCGGUUUCGAUACCGGCGCACGUACGAAUGAGAGCCGCGCGAUAUUUGCUGAAAAUGUAGCCGCCAUGGUCCGCGAUACUGGUGCUGAUGGCGUCGAUAUUGAUUGGGAAUAUCCAGCAGGCAACGGUGAAGACUGGAAGAAGGUUCCCAAUGAGGAGAGAACCUGGCAAGUCGCCGCGUAUCCAGAGUUUCUCGCCGAUAUACGCAAGGCUCUAGGCCCGGAUAAAAUUAUAUCUGCAGCGGUACCAGGUCUUUUAAGAGACAUGCUCGCCUUUAAAGCUGAGACCGUCCCCCGUAUCAUGGAAUCCCUCGACUUCUUGAACGUUAUGACUUACGACCUGAUGAACCGCCGUGAUAAUGUGACGAAACACCACACCGGCAUUCAAGCUAGCUUAGACUCUGUCCAUGCGUACUUGGAAAGGGGAGCAACACGCGACAAGAUCAACCUCGGCUUUGCUUUUUACGCAAAGUAUUUCUGCACUGAGCUCGCGCCGUGCGUAGAGAACCCAAUCGGUUGUCCCACCGGUCUAAUGGAAGACCCGGAAACGGGCGUUGACCUGGGCCGAGCUGGGUCCUUCUCGUGGCGCGAUACCGUCCCUGAAGACGUCGAGUCAUCGUUCAACAAGGCCAUUACAAAAGGAAGCUACGAUGAAGUGGGGGGUGGCUACUACUACUGGGAUCAAGAUGAGGCUAUAUGGUGGACCUUUGACACUCCGCUAGCCGUCGCUAAGAAGUUCCCUCGCAUCGUUGAAAAGGAAAAGCUAGGCGGCGUAUUCGCAUGGGGAUUAGGUGAGGACGCGCCAAAAUGGGCACAUCUGAAAGCGCUCAACGCCGGAGUAAGGCAACUAUCCAUCAGAAAAGAGGAGCUAUAG